ACCAGCACCCCUCCGCAUUACGCGACCGGGACUGCCGCCCUGCAUAACGUCGACAACACGAAGAGCUGCCGACAGCGCGCUCGAGUGGUCGCAGAGAUGGAUGGGUUCAUGGACCUCCUGGACUCGCACAGGGGCAACCUAGCAUGCAACUCAGUCCAGGAUCUCCAGGAUAGACUGCACGGCCUUCUCGCAUCCAAGUCGUCCGAGACGCGCGCCGAACAUGCCUCCUCCGCCUUCGAGUUUCCGUAUAACACUAUAUUCCAUCUCGCUAACGAUGCCCCAAAUCCCCCUGCUGAUGGCGUCGUCGAUCCCGCGCUGCAGCCACAUCAACCCGUUGCGCAAGAAGUGAAUUCCUUCGACGCCGUACACGACCAGCCUAACCGUGACCCUGUGGUCCAGCAAGCUGUCGCCAAGCAUAUAGUCGACGCGAUCGGCGCAGUUGAUAACAGCUCUUGGGUGGCUGGACAGGUUUCCAACGACUCGCAGGGGUGGACAUUUAAGUACAUCUGCAAGGACUCCCUCCAGGCCUGGAAUCGCGCAAACCCAAGCAAGGAUAAAUCAGCCAUCGGUAGCUACAGCGGCCCGGGCGGUUUGGAUGAUCCGGCCAAUACCUCUCGUCCCGCGUUUGAUUGCCGAGGAACCCUCUCCAUCGCCUUCUCGAAAGCGGCUCGAGGCAUCGUUGUGAAAUAUAAUCACACAUCCCUGCACAGGACCGUUGCCCAACUGAUUGAGCUCCUCGUGCCGUCUCCGCCUCCAGAGCCGGUGAGCACGAGCAAUGGUGUUAGCCAGAGAACGCCAAGGGCCAAGAGACCACCGCCGACCGAGGGUGAAGAAGGAAGCAAGAAGAAGCGUUCGAGGAAGAAGGACAAGGCAGGAGCAGGCGCGCCUACAGGAGAAGCGCCUACGGGAGACGCGUCCAUUGGGGGUGCACCUCUGGGGGAUGCGCCGGCCGCGGUUGAUCAGGCGGUCCAAAACGAGGUCGCAUCUGAGAAUGUGGAUUCGAGUGGCGCUCCGAAUGUGUCGGUGCUCAACGUACCCCCGGCCGAAGCCGAACGACGCAGACAGACGGCGAUCGGACUACUCACCGGAAGGGGUAUUGACCCGGCCACACUGUCGGUGGAGCAAUUUAAUAUAUUUGCGAAUCAGGCCCCGAGUCUGCAGACCGUUUCUCUUGACAUGUUGGCUAAGUACGGCGCGGAACGGCUACGGAUCGUCCAUCCAGGUAACACGCGGUCUUCGGAUUCCCCGUCUGCUGAUGGACAACCUACCGACGGUGAUCCUGCCCAUGGGCUAGGCCAUACGGCCAACUCUGGACCAACCGAGACACCCAAGAAGAAGCGUUCCAGGAAGAAAUCCGAGGCGACACCGAGCCAAAUCUUAGGCGGUGAUGGCGCGGCAGCUUCUUUGCAACGGGAUAGCGAGAUUGGAACAGCGUCCUCCACUCUGGCACCGAAGAGUAGGAAAACGCGGGGUAAUUGCAAGACUUGCAAGGAGAGGAAAGUCCAGUGUACGAAGGAACACCCUAGUUGUAAGGUCUGCAUAGAUGCCGCUGUGCAAUGCGUAUACUUGCCCCCAAAGCCGCGGAGGAAGUCGAAAAAAGCAGAUGAAGUGGUGGUCGAUCAAGACUCGGACGUGCCUGAAGCGGCUGGAGAGGGGGAUUACCAAGCCCAGAAUCAAGGCACAGUCCCUGUCUCAGCUCCAGCACCACAACCGACAGACGAUGCUGCUGCUCCGGCGCACACGAGUCCUGAUAGCCAUGAAGAUUUCCUCCCCGAUCCCAACAUUCUGACAGGGUCCGUCGAGAGCCAGCCUUCGGCGACGCAAUCUCCAGCGACCGACUACUAUCACCCGAAUAACACCGUGUUCACAUACCCACAGAACCCGCAGCCAUCGUCCGAGCAUAUGGCAACAUCCGCGCUGACGUUCUCGCAACCUCAAGCCUACGUAACCCAACCCGAAGCCUCUCCCGCCGCCACGUUCUCCUCGACGUCAACUGCACCAGAGCAUUCCCCUGGGCUGGCCGUCGCACAACCGAGCUCGGCAACAACCACACAGAAAACGAAAAGCAACUCAACUUCUAGCCGCCGCAGUCUCCCGACCGGUCAGAAUAAGCACACGCCCGCGUCAUCAGUCGCGCCAGCCAACACGCCCAAUUGGAACGGUUCGCCUACGGCAAGACACGCCGCCACCGCGUCGCCAACCCUAUCUCAGACGCCCGCAUCAAGGUGGUCAAAGUCGCGUAAGUCUGCUACAGAGUCGAGCCUGAAAACACACGAUGGUAUCGCACAAGCUGCCGCGCUGUCGCAAGCUGCCACUCAACCUCAAGGCCAGCCGUCACCGGUAAUGGGAUCAGCAUACCAAGCUACGGCCCAGACAAUGUCUCAACAAGGUCGUAGAUCGCAGACGAGCACCCCUGUCGCAUCUGCUCCGCGACCCUCGUCGCAGACGCCCCAAACCGCCGCCGCUACGUCCUAUGACGGCACCCCGUCCUCUUCGAUUCCAAGCUACGAUCCUUACGCCCGUUACAACAACCCUGCUCACGAUCAGUACUCCAAUGCGAGCACAGAUCAUGCUACAACUCGGAUCGCGUAUGAACCUGGCUCCUAUCCGAAUGCAGCCACCACAACGUCGGCCUCCUACUCGUCGGUGCCAGCAUAUGACUACUCGCGGAGCACUACACCGGCCAAUGGUCGACUUCGCAGACUCGAGGCUCUCAACCACACGCCCAACCGCAAACCACGAAUCAUUACUCUAUGCCACCGACUACCUCUUCCGCCUCCCACAGCUACGUGGCCAGCCCUGCCGACGCGCGAACCUCGCAUCAGGGCACUGCCUACAGUCAGCACCCGGCCCAGUCCUACGGGUCCUACUCAACACAGCAGCAAACUACCAAUCAGCAAGCCCAACAAAACUGGUAUGGUUUCAACCCUUCCAAUAACAAUGCCAACGGAACCCAGAGCAACUAUAGUAAUAGCCGGAACAGCGGUUACAGCGGUACGGCAAACUCGAACCACGCCACGUCGUACAGCGGCCACAGGUCCAAUGUGUCCGGAUACCCAAACCAAGGGUACAGCGCCGGCUCCGAUGAUCAGUCUCUUUACGAUCUCCUCAGGGCCAGCGGCUCUACACACUAAGGCCGAUCCCGGAUUUGUUCGGUCAAGUAGUAACCAUGCGCGCGCACGACAACGUCUACGUGUACAGUGAGGGAACUGCAAUAGGAUUAUUGUGAACAGGGGUUUCGGUGGCGUCGUUUAUGAAUUCAGGAUGUUUCUUACUCCCCUGUCUGAGUAAGUGGCGGC